CUAGUGUUGUCACGCCAUAGUAAGGAAUUGUCGGACAUCAGCAGGAUAUCACGUGCAAACGUCUCGCUUCUUGAUGAAAAGAGGUCGUUGUUCUCUCGCUUUUUCCUGUUCUGGCUCAGUCCUCUGCUGAAGAAAGGAUCGAAGAAGACUCUCAUAUACGAUGAUCUUCCAUCUCUGAAACAGAAAUAUCGGUCCAUAAACCUUCUCAGAAAGUGGAAAAUUGGAACUAAAGAUGGAAUAGUUCGAAAGCUUUUGGUCAGAUAUCGCUGGUCCGUGUUUGGUGCAGUGCUUUCAAAACUGCUUGCUGAAGUGUUCGAUUUUAUGAACCCCUUACUGCUCAAAUUCCUUAUAGAGUCAGCUUCUCAUCCAGGGGUCAUAACAAAGAGCCUCACAAUCUGUGUAAUCAUGUUCGUAUGA